GCAGUCCCGACUGGACGAAAACGUUAGUGAGUGAUAUCAUUUGCGUGGUUAUUAUUAGUUAAAUUUAGUUUUGAUAAUAUUAAAAUGGGUAUAGGUGAAUAUGAAGAAAUACAAAAUUCAGAUUCAAUCCGAGGAUGGCCUCUGGAACAAACACUACCAGCCAUUGCUGUUGUCCUAGUAACCUAUCUAGUGAUGAUAAAGAUUAUUCUCCCUGCAUUUAUGAAAACUAGACCAGCUUAUGAAUUUAAAAACGUAUUAAAGUUUUACAACGGUUUUCAGGUCACAUACUCUGCAUAUUUAGUGUUUCUUUAUACAAGAUAUAUAUUGAGACAUGGAAUAAUUACCACUGGUUGUCCUAAAGGUGAAGACUUAAAAGAGCUUAUUAGUGACAUUUAUAUAUAUUUUAUCGCAAAACACCUGGACCUCUUGGAUACCGUAUUUUUCAUACUCCGUAAGAAGGAUAAUCAGGCAUCAUUCCUCCAUGUGUACCACCAUUGUGUGAUGGUAACUUGGACGUGGCUGCAUUAUGUACAUUUUCCAACGGAUAAUUUUGUCGUUGUGGGCUUGUUGAACAGUUUUGUACACGUUCUUAUGUAUGCCUAUUACGGAAUAUCUUCGCUGGGACCAGAGUUCGCUAAAUAUGUUUGGUGGAAAAAACAUUUGACUAAAAUUCAAUUGGUUCAAUUCAUCCUCGUGGUCCUUGACCUGCAUUACCAGCAAAAGCUGUCACCGUGCCCUAUACCGUGGUACUUCCAUUACUUCUGCACUGGCAACAUUAGCUUUUUCUUCAUUUUAUUCAUAAAAUUCUACAUCAAUAGUUACAAACGAAAGUGGGAGAAAACCUCAGUACCAGAGAAGAAACUAUAAAAAAUGCACGUGUAUUUAUAUAUAAUUGUAUAU